CAGGUGUCGCGGUGGUACAGUGCCGGCUGCCGAGGGUAUCGCAUCCCGCUGCUGGGCUCGCCUUCCCGAGUUUCCAGUCACUUUCCUCGCUCGAGACAACGAGAGAUGUCUCGUCCGUGCGGCGGAGCGCGAUACUGAAAGUAGUGUUGAGAAACCGGCAAAAUGAGUAGUCGUCGGAAACGUGCACCUCCGUCCAAAGUGGAUGAGGAGAAGAAGAAAAAGCUCUGCUGGAAUAUGCAUGAAGACCGGAGAAAUGAGGUGAUGGCGUUAGAUGAUGAAGUAACUAACGAGGACCAUAUUCCAGUUCCAAGCACUUCUGCAUCCUUCGUUGUUAUAAACGAUGAUAGCACUGAUGAAGAUCUUGUACAGAAAGAAGGCAGUGGCUCAAAAUCUGUUAAGUUUUUGACAGUUAACGAUGAAGAAGACUCUUAUUCCAUCUUGACUCCUGUGUCUGUACAGCUAAAUAUUAUAGUCCUGCCAUACCGUGCAGAUAGGUCCUGGAAGGCUUUGUUGGGAGAAUUUGCUCUUCGUCUGCUUUCUGAGCAAAUUCGAACUGACGAAUUCCGUGACAGGAGCUUUACUUUAAUGAAAGGAGACUCUGAUGAUGAGCUGCAGGUCUGUGUUCAUGAAAGGAGUGAAGAAGAGUACAGUAAUGAAACAAAAGAAUACCUGGGCGCUUAUGAACAACGUAUUCUGGUGGAAACAACUUUAAGUGGUGAAAUAUUGGAAGGCUUGAGAUGGUUGCAAAAGAAAAAGAUAAUUGGACUUUAUCAAAGACCUGGAGAGACUCAGGCUUUAAAGGUUGGAAUUUACCUCCUUGAAGCUGGGCUGAGUAAACCGGAAUUUCUCAGUGAUGGAGGUGGAAGACCCAAAAAAGCUAAUCAGAUGAUUCAAAAGCUCAUGGAAAAGUUCUACAGUUUUUUAAUUCCAGAUGAGCUGGAGGAAGAUGAGGAAGAAUCUGACAUGGAACUAGAGCGACAAAAUAUUGAAGAGCUUUAUGACUUCGUCAGGCACACCCACCAGCAGGAUAUACAAUUACUGAGAAAAGAUGUGCAGCAUCCUGCACUAAUUCCCAUUCUGAGGCCAUACCAAAGUGAGGCUGUGAACUGGAUGCUUCACCGAGAGAACCACGCAAGUACACCAAGUAGUGAAAACGCGCUGCACUUCUUAUGGCGGGAGGUGAUCACUCUGGAUGGAGUAAAAAUCUACUAUAAUCCAUUUACCGGCUGUAUUAUCCGUGAGUAUCCAACUGCUGGACCCCAGUGGCCUGGAGGUAUUUUGGCAGAUGAGAUGGGUCUUGGAAAAACAGUAGAGGUGUUGGCUCUUAUUCUGAAUCAUACCGGACCAGACAUUAAACAAGAUGAUCUGACCUUACCUGAGGGUAAGCUUGUGAACUUCUUUGUUCCACCUCAACCUUUAGAGGGAAAUAAAAAGAAAAAAACAAAGGAAAUGGAGCCUAAAUUAAAGGAAAAAAUACAAUAUCCCAGCUUACGAGUAAUGAUAUUAGCAGCUGUAAAGGAAAUGAAUGUGAAGAAAGGAGCAUCCAUUAUUGCAAUAUUUAAGUACAUCAGUUCCAUAUAUAGGUACGACACACAGAGAAAUAGACGGCUUCUCAAAAGAACUCUAGAAAAGCUAAUUGCAGAGCAGGUGAUAGAACAAGUUAAAGGACAUGGUCUGGCUGGGUCUUUCAAGCUGGGAAAGAAUUACAAGGAACAGAAGAAGCGAGAAAGAACCAAAGAGCAGGUAGCAAGGACUUCAGAAAACACUCAGAAGAAGCAAUUGAUUGAUGCUAAAACUCAAACCAAAGAAUCAAGAAACAGUGACGUAACAUCUGAAAAUGUCUUUAAAACUGCUUCACAUGAGAAUAUCACCAUGGAAGAACAUGAUUAUUGUGCAACCAGUAAAAAUAACAGGAAAUCUGAAGCAGAUCAUGAGAACUCUGUAGAAGACAAAAAUGUUAAACAAGAAACUGUGGUCUCAAAGUCUCCUGAUUUUGAUGGCAGCCUUAUUGUCUCCAGUGAUGUGAGCAGUCAUUCUGAUGUUGAUGUUUCUAAAACUGCAGCUGUUGUCCAGCAGGAAAUUCCAAAGGCCCAGUCCUCACUUUCCCAAGAACGUGCUGGCAGUAGCGUACAACAUACCAGUUCUGUAUUUCCAUUUAAUACCUCUGAAUAUCGUUUUGAAUGCAUCUGUGGUGAGCUCGGAUUGGCUGACUACAAGGCUCGUGUGCAGUGCCUGAAAUGUUACCUGUGGCAACAUGCAGAAUGUGUAAACUACAAAGAGGAGAACCUGAAGAGCAGACCCUUCUAUUGUCCCCAUUGCCUUGUGGCAAUGAAACCAGUUCCCACAGGAGCAACUCUUAUCAUUUCUCCGAGUUCUAUUUGUCACCAGUGGGUAGAUGAGAUCAACAGGCAUGUAAGAUCAUCAUCUCUUCGAGUUCUGGUGUAUCAAGGUGUGAAGAAGCACGGCUUUCUGCAGCCUCACAUGCUGGCAGAGCAGGAGGUGGUUAUCACCACGUACGACGUCCUGCGCACCGAACUGAACUACGUAGACAUUCCCCACAGUAACAGCGAGGAUGGGCGCCGCUUCAGGAACCAGAAGCGCUACAUGGCCAUCCCCAGCCCCUUGGUGGCAGUGGAGUGGUGGAGGAUCUGCCUCGAUGAGGCACAAAUGGUUGAAUGCACUACUGCAAAGGCUGCUGAAAUGGCACUCCGUUUGAGUGGAAUCAAUCGCUGGUGUGUUAGUGGCACUCCUGUGCAGCGAGGAUUAGAAGAUUUAUAUGGAUUAGUCCUUUUUCUUGGAGUUGAUCCUUACUGGGUCAAACAUUGGUGGGACCAACUACUGUAUCGACCUUACUGUAGGAAAAAUCCCCGGCCUCUCUACAGUCUAAUUGCGAAGAUAAUGUGGAGAUCAGCAAAAAAGGAUGUGAUUGACCAAAUUCAAAUCCCCCCUCAGACAGAAAAUAUACACUGGCUUCACUUCUCUCCUGUGGAGAGACACUUCUAUCAUCGCCAGCACGAGGUGUGCUGCCAGGAUGCAUUGGCAAAACUCAGGAAGAUUUCAGACUGGACCCUUAAGCUUAGCAGCCUAGAUAGAAGGACUGUGACUUCUAUUCUAUACCCUCUGCUACGGCUGAGGCAGGCCUGCUGUCACCCACAAGCUGUUCGGGGAGAGUUCUUGCCACUACAGAAAAGCACCAUGACCAUGGAGGAACUCUUAGCAUCUCUGCAAAAGAAAUGUCGAACGGAGUGUGAAGAAGCUCACCGACAGCUGGUGUGUGCUCUUAAUGGCUUAGCUGGUAUCCAUAUCAUUAAAGGAGAAUAUGCAUUGGCUGCGGAACUGUACAGAGAAGUACUAAGAUCAUCUGAAGAGCACAAAGAAAAGCUUAAAACAGAUUCCUUGCAAAGACUUCAUUCUACACAUAAUUUAAUGGAAUUGUUGGCAAAGCACCCAGGAAUUCCCCCAACUUUGCGUGAUAGCCGACUCGCAGAAGAGGCAGAACAACUUCGACAGCACUAUAUGAGCAAAUCCAACGCAGAAGUUGCAGAAGCCCAUCAGGCCUUACAACCAGUUCUUCAGACCAUUCGGGAACUUCAGAGAAAGAUACAUUCAGGUUCUCCUUGGUGGUUGGAUGUCAUCCAGACAGCAAUACAGUAUGCCAUCGAUGAGGAGCUUGUUCAACGUGUGCAAAACGAAAUAACCUGCAACUACAAACAGCAGACCAGUAAACUCUCCAUGGCAGAGAAAUUCCGUGACUGCAGAGGCCUUCAAUACCUACUCACAACCCAGCUGGAUGAAGUGAAGAAGUUCCAGAAGAUUGUAAGGGAAGCAGUGAAAAACUUAGAAGGGCCUCCUUCUAAGCAGGUUAUAGAGGCUGCCACUAUCUGCCAUUUACGACCUGUUAGACUGCCACUUAACAACUGUGUCUUUUGUAAGGCUGACGAAUUAUUCACAGAAUAUGAGUCAAAGCUUUUUAUGCAUAGUGUUAAAGGCCAAAUGGCAAUAUUUGAGGAGAUGAUAGAAGACCAAGAAGGGCUUGUCGAUGACCGCUUGCCCACCACAAGCAGAGGGCUCUGGGCAACCAGUGAAACUGAGCGUGCCUUGAAAGCUCUUCUCUCCUUUGCCAAAGCUCACCGAAUGGAUGCUAGGCUAACUGAAGAAGGGAGUGUAUUCCUGGAACUCUUUGAAGCAUGGAAAAAGGAAUAUAAGUUACUUCAUGAGUAUUGGAUGGUCCUUAGGGAUCACGUGUCUGCUAUUGAUGAGCUGGCAAUGGCGACAGAACGACUGAGAGUGCGUCACCCUGAUGAGCCAAAACCAAAUCCACCAGUGCUCCACAUUAUAGAACCACAUGAGGUAGAGCAAAACCGAGUGAAACUUCUGAAUGACAAGGCAGUUGCCAAAUCACAGCUUCAAAAGAAAUUAGGACAACUUCUGUACCUCACUAAUCUGGAGAAAUCUCAGGAUAAAACUACCGGAGGAGUUAACCCAGAACCGUGUCCAAUCUGUGCACGUCAGCUGGGAAGACAGUGGGCGGUGCUGACGUGUGGACACUGUUUUUGUAAUGAGUGCAUAGCAAUCAUCAUCCAGCAGUACAGCGUUGGCACCCGCCGGAGCUCAAUUAAAUGUGCCAUUUGCAGGCAGACAACAUCUCAUAAAGAAAUAUCUUAUGUCUUCACUGCAGAAGCUGCAAAUCAGGAGGAUGAUAUUCCUGUGAAGGGAAGUCACUCCACCAAAGUGGAAGCUGUGGUCCGAACACUGAAGAGAAUUCAAUUUAAAGAUCCAGGGGCUAAGUCCUUAGUUUUCUCAACGUGGCAAGAUGUGUUGGAUAUAAUUUCAAAAGCUUUGUAUGACAACAACAUGGUUUUUUCUCAGAUCAAUGGAAUUAGUAAAUUUCAGGAGAACCUGUCUGCAUUUAAGUACGAUCCCAAUAUCAAUAUUUUGCUGCUGCCUCUUCACACUGGUUCCAAUGGAUUGAACAUCAUCGAAGCAACUCACGUUCUGCUCGUGGAGCCCAUUCUGAAUCCAGCACAUGAGCUACAGGCUAUUGGCAGGGUACAUCGUAUUGGCCAAACAAAAUCUACAAUUGUUCAUAGGUUCCUGAUAAAAGCAACAAUAGAAGAGAGAAUGCAGACUAUGCUGAAAACUGUAGAUAGAAGCCACACGAGCUCUUCCAUGAAACAGUCAGAAGCCUCAGUGUUGACAGUGGCAGAUUUGGCUGACCUUUUUACAGAGGAAACUGAAGAACUUGAGUAAAAACAUUGGUUUGACCUAAUGAAAUUGGAAAGUACCUGACCCAGUAAGCACCAGGAUAAAGUCCACUUGAUCUGUCGUUCCUGUAGACAUCAUCUAACAUUUGUCCGUAAGAGAGCAAUCAGAAAUUGAGAAAUCUCAAUUUUUACUGAUUUAUUCUUUGGUGACAUUCAUAGCAGCACACACUUCUGAUGGCACUGGAUAAAAGUUGCACUUUGCACAUUGUACAAAAACGUGGAUUUUUUUUUCCCAAAGAGCAUUUGAGCUGGAUGCUAAAACUGAGAUCUUGGAUCCUUGGUUGAGAGGAUUUUUACCAUCAGGCUUGACCGGCCAGUAGCUCAGUCUGAGAGCAAAACUGUGUGGGUGGUUGGGUGGGAAAGAGAAGCAGAAAAAUACAAAUCUAAUUUUUUUUAUUGUACAAAGAGUUGUUAGAAAGAAUGACUGUAAAUUAAUAUUCUUCUAGAAAGGGCUUGUUAGAUUUAAUGCAGAGUUAUUAAAUGUCUUAUUGUUAACACUUCAAAUUACAAAUGUUUACUAAUAGUUUGGAUAUUUGUAUUAGGCUUUUAGAUAUUCAUUGAGACUUUUGACAGUUAAAUAUUUCAUUGUUAAUGCUUACUCACGGCAAAAAGAUGAUAAUUAAAUUAUGCUUUUUGUAUGUGUGUUGGUCUGGUGAUCAGUUAAAGACUUAAACUUGCUGUACAUGUUUUCACUUGAAGCUGUGACUAAGUUAGUGCUCUGUUUGAAAAAACAAGAAAAGCAUUUGCUACAGAGUUUUCAAAAAUUAAUUUGUUACACUGCUGAUCACUUCAUAAUUAUUUGGUGUUUCUGUGCAUUGUCUCACCCUGAUUUUAUUGUCUAGUUCUUCCCAUUAAAGAUGCAGCAAUCUAAAUAUACAAAUGCAUGAAAUUAUGGUAGGCAGGCUAGUUACUAGGUGCCUGAUCUAAGAUAAAGUGUGGAGAGAAAUGGAACUUUUGUGAAGCUUCAUCUUUAGAUAUGCAAGAACACUCCACCCCAUCUUUGUUGCCAGUAGAUAGUUUGCAAAAGAAAUCUAGGCUAACUUUCAGACUUCUGAAGGAAAGCACGAUAAAUUUUAAGCCUUUUGGCAUUGGGUAUGGAUGUGCAUUUAUAUAACAUUAAUUUCCAAAGGUAUUACAGAAGCAAGCUCAGGUGUGCAAUUGGUGUUAAACACAAUUUUGUGUUUAGCAGGUGGGAAAAUGUGUGUGUAUAAGCAACAGGCUACUUCCCUCAGUUUGCAGCAAGAGAGAUGGAAUAGAUGAUAGACUCUUCUUUAGAUAAGAUUGAUCAAGCAGUUUACACAGGAACUGUGACAUCUCCAUCCUGGAACAUACUGGGAACUCAAAUAACCCUGAGCAACCUGAUCCACCUUCGAAGUUGGUCCUGCUGUGUGUGGUGUUUUGGACCAGAUGACCUCCAUGGAUCCCUUCCAGCCGAAAUUAUUUUACAGUGUACUGGAGAUCAUGCUGUACAGACACUCCAGGAACUCUGAGGGCAGCAACAUUCCAAUUUCCUCAUCAGCUUCAGAUAAUUUUGAUAUUGUAUGGCACAGUGUGACUGCACAAGUGCUGCUAUUCACUGAGAAAUGAUGUAUCUGUGCUAAGAACUGUGGAAGCACAUAGUGUUUACAUUCAUAGCUCCCAUUUUAAUUAGCUAGACGUGGGAAGAAUAGUUGUCAAUGAAUGUGAAGACAGAAAGGCAAACUGAAAAAUGUCAGCUAUGAGAGAUUUCCCAACCUCUUCAUGUUUUUGGCUUGAUGCCUUUUUUGGGCUUGCCUAGAAACAGAGGCCAGACAAAGUUAAAAGGAUAAAAGCGGAUAUAUUUAAUGAAGGGGCUUCAGGUACAUUAAGGGUGGAUAAAGCCUCCCCAAGGGGCUACAACCAAAAUGGAUGAUGGUCACAAGUUUUCCAGACAGAUACAAGUUUGGUCUAUUUCCAACUCAGGGAUUAAUCCUCCAAUUACAUCUUCAGGUAAUGAAGUCAUAUUCCCCCAGUUCGCUCCCCACCAGUUCACUUUUCUUUAUACUUCCCAGGGUCUGAGGCUGUAGAGUGUCCUUGAGUUUUAAGACUAGAGGAAUUGUUUUGUCUGACCAAAAUGUAAAGACAGUAAUUAACACUUUAUGUGGAGUUUAGAGUUAUGCAUUAAUGCACUACAGGAUUUGAAAAAUACAAAGGCUAAAAUCUUAAGGCAUCAUGCUUAUUUAUGAAUGAACAAUGAAACAAUGAAACAUGAUGGUUUCAUUGUUUAUUUAUAAAUAUGUGGCUUUUGAAUUUCUAACCAAAAGCAUGACUUCUUAUCAAGCACUGCAUGAGUCUUUAGCCUAGCUUACCUUGUUUUAUACUCAUAUAACAGCAUGGAGUGCCAGAAAAUCUGUUUCUAGCUGCUCUCCUGCCUGCCCUGGAGCAUCAGCACUUAGAGCUCUGGAGGUAUUACCUUAAAAUGUGGGCAUGAGUUGUAUUAAAGUACCUCUUGAAAUUGGAGGGUUGAACCACUGGAGUAUAUAGUCAAUGUCAAUAGUAAAAUGAAUUCUUCAAGUUUUACAUAAUACCAAAUACAGAGACCAAAUUUAAUGCUUUUUUCCAUUCUUUGCAAUAUUCAGUAUCUUUGAUAAAGGUUUUUCUUUCAGACAUCUUAAGACACUUCUCAUAAAAUUAAUUUUUUUCUUUUUUUUCCUGCUAAGGGUGUAGCUUAUACAUCUGCAGUGCUUUUCUUUUAUCAAAGCACAAUAAGCUUGUUUUCAUGGUGCUAUCAUGGUUUUGCUCUCUAUGAAAACACUUUUGAAGGACAGUAUCUUAGCUGAGAACAGAGUCUGCUGUAUCCUGAGACUUGCAGUGUACUCAAAGAAAUGGGAUUUUCCACAGAAGACAGAAACCUAUAAAUACACCCUGCUGUGUUUGCAUAGCAUUUGUGUGAACAUACCAGAGUCAUGUACCAAGUUCUUGUGUGUUCUCCUGCUAAAACAUGUAAAUGUGAUCCAAGUUAACAGUAUUAUCUCUUGAAAAAUGAGGCUUCAGCUGUUUCCAAAGACCUCAGUUUUAAUCUUUCAUUUCCAUGACAAAUAAUUUAAAGAGUUUUGGGUUUUUUUAUUGUAGUUGGUGAGGACUUUUGGACAGGUUUUCUCACUGUAUAUAAAGUUUAGUGCCUUGUAGAGCAGAGCUGUCAUUUUGGUGUCUGUAAAAGCUUGAUGUAAAUAGUGAACUUCCUUGAACCACACAAUAUGAUCAUCUUGGAAACUGAGGUGUUAAACUUCUGGUGUUAAAAUGAGCUCUGUGAAUGUCACUAUGGAUGUUUAAGAGAAUUUGUAAGUUCAGAUUCCCCCUUGCUAUCCAAAUCAGCCUGUGCCAGGAAUAGGUUUACAUCUAAACCUGUUAAGUUAUUUUUUAACAUACUAAUGAAAUUCCAGAAUAUACUACAGUUUUCAUGCAGGUCAGGUAUCACAGGAGAAUAUUCACCUCAGUCUUCUCUUACAUAUUCAGAUUUCAUAUUAAGGACUGGACAGAGUUGAUGAUGCUUUUUGUGAGAUAGGCCUUCCAAACCACACGUUUCCAAUGUGUAUUAGAGUUAUCUGUGAGUAGGAUCCUACAGAGAUAAAAAUAUUUUUGUCUGGUUAAACCCAUAAUUAGACAUAAAUCCUCCUGUAAAAUUCUGUCUGGACUAGUAGGUGGGGACCAGCAAACAGCUCUCUCCAACUUUCUCUUCUGACACAAACAGUGCUGUCAUCUUUCCAUCCAUUUUUGCAGUCCUUGUGACUACAUUACCUCUUUCAGGUGUCACAGAAUUAUCUGUUCAGUUUAAACUGUGCUUCAGUUAAUUUGGAGGGGAAAGAGUCUGUACUGGUCAAUCUUGCAUUGACCAGUGUAAGAAAUUAACCUUGACAUUUAUUGCUCUCCCAAGGUAAGCAAUAAGAUGAGUUUCUAAGGAAAACCUAGAAAUCUAGGGGUUUGUCUAGCUGUAAAUAAAGCUUCUUUCUGAGGCUUAAUCUAAAGACUUACUGCUUUAAAUCUGUAUGGUAUGCUAUUCUCUAGACUGAAAAGCAAGUUAAAAGCUACUGCACUUGUGCUUUUUUUUCUUCCUUUUUUCACUGCCUGAAGCAAGUGAGAUCCUUACAAGAUUAUAAGCUAUAAAUGUAGAUUAAAUGGAUUUCAUAAUGGAGAAAAAAAUAAGGUGCAAGACAUCUAUCUCUCUGCUUGUGUUUUUCUGUUUUUCUGUGUCGGUCAUCUCAUCCCACCCUCCACACACCCCCAGCUUGCUCAAUUUGUUACAAAGAAUGUUUGUGUUUGGUCAGUGGAAGUAGAGUAAAAGAGUUAUAAUCCAUAAAAUGGCUACAGUAAAACUACCUUACUGUAUCACAGAGAAAGUAUCUGAGGUAAAGAGAAUUUUAGCCUGGUAUAAAUUCUUUUUUGUACUGAUAAUGUUUUUGUUUACCACUGUAGAAUCAGAUACUGAAUUUCAGUCUCUUAACUUUUAUAUAUCUGUUUUUACAUAGUACAGCUGACACAGGAAAAGGACCCCAGAAAUCUACUUACUGAGUAAGCAGUGGGGCUUACAAGUUUUUGUUUGUCUAUGGUUUUGGAAUUCAUAAAGUGCACCUGAACCACUGUCACAAAUCACAGUGUACCCAACUGACUUCUCUUCUUUAGAGAAGGAGGAAGGAAAAGGUAACUACUGAUUCAUGGUAGUACUGGAUUCAAGUCCCAAGUAGGCCCCCUGUAUUCUACAGUCAUACACUGUGUAAAGAGGACAGGUACUUGAAAGUGUAGCUUUCAAACGUUAAGGAAUUAAGUCACCUUGCAUAGAUGACAUAGGGUUUCUAAGUACUAGAAUAAAUCUUAGACAAUUGGGAUACUGAGAUACAUGUAAACCUCUGCUUUAGUUUUCUUCUGUGUACAAGAUAUCAGCCUUCCCAGGCUAACUUCCAAGUUCCUUUGUUCUGUGUAUUUAUAGAGCUUACACAAUCAAGUGCCCAGCCCCAUUCAUUGAACUGGACACAAACCAAAUUUUAGCAGUUGAGGAACAGGUGUCAUUGUUUCCAUGAUAUAACAUCUCUUGGUUUGAUAGCAACCUUCACAUUGGGUAGAAACUACCUUUCCAAAUUCCACCAAGUGUAAGGUUUAACUGCUUAUAGGGUGUCUCAAAAUGUAAAUUGUUGGUGUAGGUUGGCUUAGGUAGUUGUGGGGAGUUCUAUGAUGCUUUUCCUUAUGUCCUGUGGGAGCAAGUGAGCUAAUGGGAUUCAUACUAUGUUGCAAUGAAUUGUCACUUCUUUAUGCUUAACACGUGAUCUUCAUUUAUCAGACUUUCUCUUGAAAGAGAUAUCAUUUGUUUAAGAAGAAAAUCUAGGCUGCCUUUCUUGUUACCUUGAUGGAAUUUUGCCUUGUCAUUCCUGGAGUCUCCUGAAAUGGAGGUUCACAAGUGUGAGAACAGUGACUUUCCAUUUGUGAAUGCUGAAACUGUAAGGGGCUAGCUGUAGUGGCUGAAUGCUCACAAGUCCAUGGGGUCUGAUGGGAUUCAGCCCAGCAUUGUGAAGGAACUGGUGUAUGGCAUUGUGAGGAGUAUGGCAUGGAAAACCCCUCUUGAUCAUCUACCAAAGGGCUGGGAAGGUCCCUGCUGAUUAUAAGCUGUUUAAUAUUGUUCCAGUUUACAAGAAGGACAAGAGGGAAGACUUCUAGUCUAACCUCAAUUAUAUUUAUUAUAUAUAAUAUACCAAGUAUUGUUGAAAUGCGUUGUUUCUCUUUUGGCCUUGUACAAAAUCUUAACGCAGCAGCGUAGGAGUUGUGGACAUGAUUAUACCAGGGAACUGCUGCCCCCAUUGUUAGAUCUUGUAAGCAGAUCUGGUUAAAAGACAUUCUAUCCUACAAUUCCUGUCACAGAGGUAGAAAACCCAGAGCACUUCACCACCAGCCAGAAAAGAGAUGGAGGGGAUAUCUCUGAGACGAGGUGAUCCAUUCAUGUCUGCUGCUGUUGUACGUGCUGCAGGAGAGGUGGAAUCUGUACUAGAUGGAGUUAGAGGAGAUGGGAGGAAGUUGAGGGGGAAAAAUGAGGGAUAGUUGUAAAAUGUUCCUCUGAGUGCCCUUCUGCUGAUUUUUCUGUGGGAGGAAUGAGUCACUGAUACGAGCAAUGAAUAAACAAAGCGUGAAAGAUUGCAAGUAUAGCCUAUUCAUUGGAGCUAAAUGUUCAUCUAAAUGCAGUGGCACAUUUUUGUGUUACAGAUUUGAGAUAUUAGUCAAUUUCUUACCGAAAGUUCUUGGGCUGUGAACACACAUGGCUUUGCAGUGGUUGAACAAAUGGGAAUAUUGAAAAGUUUUAGCCCCUGGGAUCCUAAGCCAUAGGAUUCCCUAGUCAAAGGUGUGCUGUGGAUUUGUGAAAAAUAACAGUGCAGACUUGUAAUACAGACUUCUAUACAUCAACCUCCCUGAACCAAACAGGCAAGUUUUGCUUAAUAGAGACAAGGUAAUUAAUCACUUCUGCUGUAAAUUAACAAGUGUCUCUAAAGGGGCAAGACAGUGGACUUUGUAAUUGUCACUUGGGAAAUUCUGCACCCUGUGAACAUCUGCAGUGGGGAUGAAAGGCAGAGAGCCCAGCCCAGUCCUCUUGUGCAGGGAAACGAGUGAUGAGAAUCUUGCCAAAGGUUUGAGCCAGCCAUGUCAUGUGAUAUGCCAUGGAUAUUUGGGGGGAAUCCCUCCUUUUGUGUACUGCAAUCUUCAAACAUCUUGUAUGCAUAGAUUUUCUGUAAAGCAUCUACAAUUCUUUACAUAUGUUUCCUUCAUCAACAAGCUACCACUGUUCAGUAGGACUUUUCUUUUUUCCUUGUAGAGCAUGUAUUCAUUUUCUGUGACUUGUUCUUAACAAAGGUGAGUGACUCUGAAUCAUUUACAGCUCUCAUUAAAAGCUUCUGGAAUAGAAUUAGAGGACAUGAAACACAAAAGGGGUAGAAAAAGUGAAUGAUGUGACGGAGGUUUUACUUCUGCUUACUUACAGAUGCUGCUGCUGUAACACAGGAGUCAAAUGUGAGACUGGGGGAACGGUAGAGAGGGAUGUCCAGCCCUGUCCUGAGGAAUUUGAUUCUAAAAUAGAGAGGAAAAGUUUUCUGAGCAGUGUUAAAAGUUUCCACUCACUCUGCGCUUUAGGAAUCCUAUUGUUGGGCACAGGACACUGUUUUGCUGGUUUUGGGGGCCCUUGAGUCUAUGGAGAGGUUUUAAAGUCCAAAGCCACAACCCUGGACUUAAAUCUGUAAUUACACACAUUUUGAUAGAAAAUGUUUUCUUUCAUAUGAUUCAUAUUAACAGAUACUUUGCCAGAAAUUUGCAAGCUAUUUCAUAUCCUGUAAUUUAAUUGUUCGAGUAACAGAACACUGAAACUAAUCAGCUUUUGCAGCAGCAAGUUAGUGACUUGUAGAAACCAGCCCACAGGAGAGAAAAAGCAGUGUUCAAUUAUGUUCCAAAACUGAAAUUCCUGGAUGAUAAGCCAAGAAAAGAAUAUUUUGAUUACCUCUGUAUUUUCUUGCCUCAUAUAUCUAUUGUAAUUUCAAUGAAAUAUUUUAUUUAGAAAGUAGCAAAGCUAAAUUUUUCUUUGAAGAUUAUCAGGUAUGGAUAAAUGUACAACCUUAUGUUCUCUUGGUCUCUGAGUAACUUCACAUUCCCAUCAAUAGUCUUUCUUUUGCACUCAGAGUUUGCUCUCAAAAUUACAUCAUAGUGUUUCUUGAGCUUUGCAGCUAUAUCAAAGCCUGAACAUAAAUUUUUAUCCUAAAUUACCCUGCUACUGAAAUAAUGCUGACUGAUGUAACAUUACCUUUUCUUUCCAUCUUCCUGUUUGUGGAAAAAUAGCUGGUGCCCCUUCUGAGAGACAGCGCUUAAUCAUUUGUGUUGGUAUUCCUCAGUAUGUAACUGAAUUGUCUGGUGGAUGUUACCUGUUCAAUAAUAUCAGUUGAUAGGAAUGCUCUGCAUGUGUAAAGAAUUGUCACUCAAAACUGCAAUUACAAUGUGUGUAGAAGCACAGGGGUCCAUAAUUAUUCUUUCCAAUGUAAUUGGUUGAAGCCAGCUCCAAAGCUGCUGACUUCUGGAAACAGCUCACUCUUCCCUACAGCAAUUCUUCAUUGCAGUCUCCUGCUCCAUGGAGACCAGGCCUGUGGCAUCUCCUCGAUGAAGUUAUCUGUUGGAUCAGUUGUAUCAUAUUUUCCUUCCUAGAACUGUAAAUCAGUCCUGGUCAAUCCCAAUAUAUAUAAACUAUUUUUAAGAGAGUGGUAUAAUUAGGAGACCUCUUUGGCCCCUUGGUGUAUUGCAGUUCAUGUGUUAGUGUUUAUCAUUCUAAAAUUAUAAUAUAAUUUUAAGAUUUUCAAAUUUUAAUAAAAUACUAAAAAAUGUGCACUUACUUAUACCUAGAUAGAACCUAAAGAAUAAAGAAAAUAGCUGAUACAUUUUAUAAAACCAAACUUCUUGACCAACCAUAAGAAAUUAUAUUAAAAAAGGUAUCUUAUCUGAGUUUUAAGACUGCACUGCAGCAGGGCCUUAUUUUUCCUGGCACUGUACAAGUGGGAUAUAAUCCAAAGCAGAAAUCCAAACCAGGAUAUUUUCUGUGGAGCAGCUGUACUGGGAGGGAUAACCUGCCACCACACUGCACAGAGGCUGCAAAGGACAUGAGGGUGGUGAAGGGACUUGCCCAAAGCCAGAUGGCAGCGGAGGGGAGGUGGAGCUGCAGCUUUCCCCGUUCUGUGGGGGGAGCAGGCUCGCCCACCUGGGCCAGGGGCAGCCAGCACUGGCACGGUGCUGCUGCUGGGCUGCCUGCCUGCCCAGAGCUGCUGGCACGCUGCUGUUGGAGCCAUUCAGCACAAGCUGUCGCGCACGGUGCCUGCUGGCACACAACGGGGUCCUGUUCCUGCUCUUACUGUGCUAUUUAUUGUACAUUGAUGCAGCUCCACAAAGGCUCUUGUGACUUGCUGGGCUCCUUGUAGCGCUCCCUGCUACUGAAUGUUGUGUGCAGGCAGAGCAGGAUUGUCUUCCAUGUCCCCUACACUCAACUGACAGCUUUCAACAGCCGUCCUCCACUGAGCAGCCACACAGUCUUCCUCAAGAGGUGUCACAUCUAGCAAUAAUGUGGAAAAAAGUGUGACUUUGGGAAAAACACCACAUCUAUUAACCCAGAGCAUGUUAUGACCUGGUAUGCUGCAGUACUUACGGUGUAAAUAGGCAGGAGAUAAAGUUUUCCUAUCAAAAAGGCAGUACACCAGUCAAAAAUACUGCACCCACUGAUCAAGGCUUUUAUACAUCUGUUACACUUUGGAACAAACAGAAAGCAAAGUGUUAAGUACGUAAGAGGAAGGCACCAAGGCUCUUUGGGGUGCAGUUGUUAAUUGCACAGAAAGUCCACAGAGGGGUCUUGUUGAUUGAGUGAGAUGCAGGCUUUCAUUGCAACAUACCUUAUGCCAUCCCCUGUACCAGCACUCGCACUAAUGAAGUGCUGGAGAGAGAAAUAUCCCUUCUGCACCAAAUAGUGUAAUAAGAUGUACAGGGUCAGAAAGGAAAGGCAGGAUUUCAAUGGAACCACCCUGAAAACAUCCAUUUCAUAUUGAGAUUUGACUGGGACAGAGUCAGAAAGCCCCUCUGGCUUUGGGCAGGUGAGGAUGUGUUACCCAUGGCAUGUGACUGAAGGCUGAGUCCCAGUCUGGCUCCUGACUCCCUCGUGGCUGAUACUGCACAGGAUGGUCCCUGUGUCAAUUCUACAAGCCUCUGCAGUGAUCCCCUGGCAUGACUGGGACCUGUAAGCCUCAUCCUGGGAGGAUGGGAACAGGGAUGUGUGAAGUAGAACUGUAAUGAGUGAAGUGGGAGUGCAUGGGUAAUGCCUGGGGGGAGAAACUUUUUCCUCCUAGCACACACAAUAUGAAGUUAUUGCUACAUCUAGUUUUCCUUUGCUUAGCUAUCCAUGGUAUCCUGAAUAAAGAAGAUGGCAUAUUAAUAGAACAAAAAGUGUUAGGCAUUCAUAUGGCAAAGGGACAGGGAAAAUCUGGAGUUCCAACAGUUAAAAGCUAAAUAGAAGUCACAACUGGAGCGAAAGAUCAAAAGGUAAGGUGUGCUACUGGCCAUUUCCAAUGAGGUCUUCAAAGAAGUUGGUUCCUUUGGGUAUGUUUCAGUAUCUAGGGACAUGUUUUGCUGUCAGUCCACUGUACAUCUGAAGCUUUAUGGAGUUUUGUUAUGCUCACGCCAGUGCAACUGAGAGUAAACUCUGGCUCUGGUUACAUCCAUCUAGAGCAAGCUGCAGCUUGCCUUAGCCACAGAAGAAUUCCUGUUGCCUUCAUAGAGGUUUUUCCUGAGUUGGGACAUCUGGAUUUUGUACAGUGAUACUUAACAUUGUGAUGUUGCUGUAAACACUAGGAUGUUUACAGAAAGGAGAGAUGGAUCAGACCCCUGCUAUUUCACAGGAGCAUAGGGUUUCUUCCAAGAAAAAUAUGAGCUCUCUAGGGCAGCAUCUGCUCCCAGAUUUCUGUUCUGCAGGAAAACCUACAUUCAGGAAGAUUAAAAUUAGCCUCCAUGGAUUCCUGGAGUCAGCUGGAGAAUUUCCUGUGUCUUGCAAUUUCUAAUUGCACUAAUUGUCCUAAGUGUCAGUGAAACUGUAAUGGGUGCUGAGCAAUUGUCUCCCAUCCCUUGGGAGUUCCAGCUUCAGUCUACCCUGAGCCAGGGCAUGCAUCAUUUGAUAAUUACAGGCUCAGCCUCUGUUCCAAGAGAACAGUAAGUGAACUACUAUGAAAAUUGAAGAUGAUGAAUAUUUAGAAAGGGAAAGCUGUAUUUUAGAUGCAUUUCCCUUGUACCUGGACCUAAAUUUUUGAGACUUUCUGAGUUACAUACACAAUAUGGUUGCAUUUCUGUUUCUCAAUUGAACCCCUUAAAUAAAAAUCAGCCAAAGAAUAAAUGGAUUUAGCCUAUUUUUGUACAUCCUGUAGAUCACAAGCCACUCCAGCAUGUAAAGUUAAAAUGAAUAGCCACCGAGACAAUUUGGAUGACAAUUUGUACAUAAAAACCAUCAUAAGCUGCUUCAGUUACAGCAAGAACUGGUCCUAAACCAGCAGGAACUUUCUGUCUGCAGUGUGGGAAGAGCAUUUGCAGAGCUCUGUGCCAGGGGUUAGCUGGCAGUGAGAGGGAAUUGCUGCCACUGCUGAGUUGGAAGUAACUGGCUGCAGAUUAAUGUGGAUUGGUCAAAUUGAUGUUAAGCUGGUGACUCAGUGGUAAACAGUGGGCUGGAGCUCUCUGUGUGCAAACCCUGCAGAUACAAGAAAUAAUCUUCCCUUCAUUUUGCAAAAUACCAGAGAUUGUGUAAAUAAUUGCAAAUUUUGGAUAGAAAAUACCACGUGUUUUUUCACCCUGGCCAAUAUAAUUAAAAUGCUCCCUAGCAUGAUCACCUUCUUGGGACCUUAGCUGCAGCCUUGAACCAGACAUGUUGCUAGAGUUCUGUGCCUUGUUUACCAGAGGGGGAAGUUCAGCACUUCUUGCUGGUGCUGUUUGCAGCAGCUCUACCAGCAUGGCUUCACUUGGUCAGGAACUGAGCCCCAGGGGAUGCCACAUUCAAGUUAACAUCUUGUGUGUCAGGAGAUCAUCUCUUCCACAUCACCAACUGGAUUUGCUGUUACAGCAAAGCGAAGCUGAGUUACUUGUCCUGGAGAGUUCAUAUAUACACUAAAGGAAGGGGAAGACAGCUGAACCUUCCUCUAUCAGAUCAUUUUUCAGCUUGAGGGCUGCUCUUUCCACUGCCAAUAGGAGGAGAUUACUACAGUCUUCUGUGGAAGUGUCUGUAGGUCACUGCUCUGUUGCUGCAGAUCAUCCUCUGGUACUCAGCUGUGAGUUGCUCUGCUGCCAGUGCAGCUGUAAAUCAGAGUGAGCUGUGCAUGGAGAAAGGGAACUUUCAGGGCUGUUGGACACUGUGUGGAGUCCUGUCAAGCCAUCAUUUGGUGUCAGAGUAGACACCUCCAAAGCCUUCUGGUUGCAGCAGCUGAUCUGGGCAGUUCAUGAAAAUUCUCUUUCCACACUGAGGGGCAGGAAAGCCCCCUUUGGUACACAGUCUGUGAUAAACAUUCCACUCUUCCCUACCCCACCCAAAGGUGUCAGUACAUGCCAGUCUCUCAGUUUCUAUGCCUGUACCAAGUCAGCCUUUGGAAACGUCUGUGUAAGCAGCACACGCUGCCUUCAGCACCAAGAGGGUCACUGCAAACAAGAACCUGAAAAACAAGCUACACGUGCCCUAAUACAAACUCCACGUCAGGAUUUCUUCCUUGCACUGAUUGCAAGGAAACAUAUAGGAAAAAUAAAGGAUGUUCUUUUCCAUUCUUGUCUUUUUUUCUGGAGACACUGUGUGCUAGGCACAGAUGUGAGGGAAGAGGUGCUUCAGCUCUUGCACACAAUACAUAAAUAUUUUGGAUCUCCACCAGCCAAUCUCCAGUUCUCCAGAAUCUGUGUUUAGCAGCACUAAUGAAAAUACAAUAAACACUUUGGAUUGCAUUUAA